AUGACUUCAAAUUCACCUACUUCCUUAUCAAAUAUUAUAAAUCACGUUAUAGAUUCAACUACAACUAAUUCUAACACUACUAAUAAAAUUAAUAGUCAUAACAUAACCACUAAUAAUUAUUCAACCAAUAAUCAAUACUCACAACAACAACAGCCAAAUACCAUGUCAUCUAAUCACCAUAGUAAUACAAUCAAUUCAAUAUCAAAUUUAAUCAAUAAUCCAAUAAAUAAUGAUAAUUCAACUAAUAAAAAUUAUAAUACCCCACAAUUACCAUUUAAUCCACAACAACCACACCAACAAAAUUUGAAUUAUAAUCAAACAAAUAUACCACAUAUAAAACAUGAGAAUAUACAAUAUUUAAAUGAUAAUAACCAGUAUAAUAAUCAAAAACAAUCUAGUGAUAAUAUAUCACCACCAUCUCCAUCUUUUUCAACUGAAGAUAUGGAUGGAAUAAACGGAAAUAAUAAUAAUGGUAGUACAAAUAAAAAAUCAAUUUUAUCAACAAGUUCACCAGAAGGUAUACAAGUAGCUUCUAAAAUAACUCCAACAAGAUUAGCUAAUUUAUUAAUUAGAAAAGGUCCUUUACCAAUAAGACAUAUAACAUCACAAUUAUCUUUGGAAGUAUCAUCAUUUGAAUUAUUAAGUUUAAGUAAACAAAGAAGAUUAAUAAUGGCAGCAAUGGAACAAUUAGAUCCUAUUAAUAAUGUUGUAUUUGAAAAAAUUGGUUGGGGUCAAUGGGCAGUUAGAAAAGUUGAUAGUGAUUAUAUUGUAACAGAAGGUACAGAACAACAACAACAACAAAAUAGUCAAUUAAUAAAUCAAUCUCCCAAUAAUUUAGAAGAUAGUAAGAAAUUAAAUAAAAAAUCUCAUUCUCAUUCUUUUGGAGAAGGUGAUAAAAAAUUGAUAAACAUAAAUGAUUUAAGAAACCAAACAAAUUUAAAAUUAGGUUGGUCUAAGAAGAAAAAUAGUAACACUAAUACUAUCACAAAUAGUAAUUUAGAUAAAUUUAGAAGAGAAUCAAUAACAAAUCAAGUUAAAAAUUUACAUAAUUUAAAAUUACCAAAUGAAAGUAUUGAUAAUGCUAUAGCAUCAGAUAGUGAUGAAGAUUCAGAUGCAGAAGAUGAAAAUUUAUUAGGUGAUGAAAGACAAAGAUUAAGUGAACAAAUGGAUCAAGAUGAAAGAUCUUAUUCUGAAGAUGAUGAAGAAGAGGAAGAAGAAGAUGACGACGACGACAAUGAAGAAGAAGAUGAUGAAGAAAUUAAAGAAGAAAAUGAAGAUGAAGAAAUGUUUACAUUUGAUGAAUCAAUACGAUCUACUCAAAUACAGAACAAAAUCAAAUCAAAAAGAUCUUCUCCUCCAAUAAAAUUUGCCAAGAGAGUACCUACAAAAUUUAGUCCACCACCAAUAUCAUCAUCAUCAUCAUAUGAUUCAAAAACAAGAAGAAGAAAAUCAAGUUCAUCAGUUGCAUCAAAUUCAAUAUCAAAACCUUCAACAUUAAGAAAUUAUCAUUAUUAUCAUCAUCCUUCAUCACAACAUAUAUUAUUAAAUCAAACAAGAUCAAGAUUAAAUUCAAUUGAAAAUUUAGAUAAUUAUUUAAAUAAUUCAAAUUCAAAUAGAAAUUCAACUGUUUCAAUAAAUCUGCCACCUCCAGCUAUAACUUUUAAUAAUUAUUCGAAAGAUGAAAUUGGAAGAAAUGGAUCAAAUUCUGCAUUAAGUAGUUCUCCAAUUAAUAAUGGCAAUAGCACCUCAAAUAAUAAUAAUGGAGUUAAUAAUAAUUUACAAUCUCAAAAUUCAAAUUAUAUUCAUAAUGAAGAUAUAGCAAAAUCAAAUAAAAAUAGAAGAAAAUCUUCUUUUAAUGAAUCUCAUGUUAGAUCAACUUUAAAUCAAGAAAGAAUUAAUUUACAAAAUAGCAUUACUAGUAAUAGCAAUGGUAAUAAAUCAGUUAUUGAAGAUAGUGAUACUGAUGAAGAAGAUUGGCAAAGUAUCGGACCUGAAUAUUUAAGACAACAAAGAUCAAUAACAAAAACUUUAGAAAGCAGUAAGAAUAAUAAUGGUAAUUUUAUAUCAAAUGAAAAUUUAAAUAAUAAUACUUCAAAUGAUGGUACAAAUUCAAAUGAUGAAGUAAAUGAAGAUGAAAAAUCUGCUGCUUUUGCAUUAGUUAAUUUAAUGUCUGUUUGA